CGAAAGGAAAUUUAAAAUGACUGGAUUCUGGAUUUCAGUUUUGGUCUUUAGCACCAUGUAUCCAGUCCAGUCUGGUAGACACCGGGUUACUGCACAAUCCUCAGAGCCAGAUGUUUAUCAGCCUGAUAAGAAACUCAUCGUGGAUAUCGGAGCCUCGGUGACUCUGCAGUGUUAUAUUUUUGAAGUCGAAGUUGAAGAAAUGAUCUUUUUUAAGCAACAAAACAGAAAACAGCCUCGAAUAAUCGUCAGAUUCUUUAACGCUGCUCGAGAAACGUUUUACAAUGAAUUCCAAAAUCCUCGUUUCCAGAUUAAAAAACACACAAACUGCUUCAAUCUGACCAUUUUAAACACCGCGCUGUCUGAUGAAGCCGUGUACUACUGUGCACUGACGAGACCCGACCCUGUGUUUGGAGAAGGAACUGAUUUAAAAUUUAAAGGUCAGAGUUUUACCACUGAAUCAGAAACAUCGAAACCAGCUCUGUGUGAUCACAACACGAACAUGAACACACAAGAGAAAACAGAAGUUUCUCCAGGAACAAGACAGGUACAUGUGCAGGAAUCUGUGGGUGACAGUUUGACUUAUGAAGCUUCACAGAUGCUGAAGAGGAAAGUUAAACCUGGAGGACGGGAUGAUUUGGUGUACUCUCAUAUGAUCUUCAUCACUACUUCAGUUCACCUCACUGCUCAACUCACUUUCACUGCCUUUGUCUCUUUUAUUGCUCUGGUCUUCAUCUCUUCCUCAAAAUCUUCAUCACUGCUCUCACUCUCACUACAUGAUGGACCUGAUGGAAAGAUCCAGUCCAACCUGGUAGGUGCUGGGUUACUGCACAAUCCCUCACAGAUUCAGGAGUUUAUCAGCCUGAUAAAGAGCUCAGUGUGGAUAUCGGAGGCUCAGCGACGCUGCAGUGUUGUAUUUUUGGAAAGGAUUUUGGGAUGA